AUGGCUGAGGGAGUGUAUCCAGUUCCGGAGCGGUUAUUGCAAGAUGGCCAGGAGAAACCGUUUAUUGACAGCCUUGAAAAGUACAAGGCCAUGUGGACGGAAAGUAUCAAGCAUCCCGAAACUUUUUUUGCAAAGCUUGCCAAGGAUCUGUUAUCGUGGAGCAUGCCCUUUGAGACGGUUCAAAAUGGUUCGUUUGUGGACGGGAACGUUGGUUGGUUUCUGGAAGGUGAGCUCAAUGCGGCAUACAACUGCAUCGAUCGACAUGCCUUUCAGCAUCCAGACAAGGUUGCUUUGAUUCAUGAAGGCGAUGAACCAGACAACGUUCGCAAGUUUACGUACGAUCAACUGUUGCGGGAAGUGUGUCGGUUAGCCAAUGUAUUGCGAUCCUUUGACGUACGCAAAGGUGAUACCGUCAUUAUUUAUAUGCCAAUGAUUCCCGAAGCUGUGUUUGCCAUGUUGGCUUGUGCUCGUAUCGGUGCCAUUCAUUCCGUGGUCUUUGCUGGUUUCUCGGCUGAAUCGCUUCGCGAUCGUAUUCGGGAUUGUGGCACGCGGCUGGUGAUUACCGCCGACGAAGGGCGUCGAGGCGGCCGUAGUAUUGCCACCAAAUUCAUUGUAGAUGAAGCGUUGCAAGGGAUCGAUACCGUGGAGCGUGUGUUGGUAUGUCGACGUACGGGAGCGGAAGUCAACUGGGUCCAAAAUCGCGACGUGUGGUACCAUGAAGAAAUCUUGAAAGCACGGCCUUACUGCCCACCGAUGUCUAUGAAUGCUGAAGAUCCUCUAUUUAUUCUGUAUACAUCCGGAUCCACCGGUACGCCCAAGGGCGUCAUGCACUCCACCGCAGGGUACUUGCUGGAAGCCGCCGCCACGGUGAAAUACGUGUUUGACUGUCACGACGAGGACAUUUUUGCCUGCAUGGCAGACAUUGGAUGGAUUACCGGUCACAGUUACAUUGUGUAUGGACCCUUGGCUCUUGGGGUCACCACGGUCUUGUUUGAGUCCACGCCAACGUAUCCUGACCCGUCCCGAUUUUGGCGCAUCAUUGACCAGCACAAGAUCACUCACUUUUACACGGCCCCCACGGCACUUCGGGCCUUGCGGCGAUUAGGUGAUGAGUGGGUCCAGAAGUGGGAUCUGUCAACGCUGCGCGUGAUUGGAUCGGUUGGUGAGCCCAUCAAUCCGGAAACUUGGGAAUGGUAUUACCAAAAAGUGGGCCAAAGCCGAUGUGCUGUCGUCGAUACCUAUUGGCAAACCGAGACCGGAUCCAUAGUGAUCAGUCCGUUGCCAGGCGCGGUGGCCAUGAAACCGGGAUCGGCGACGGUUCCCUUUUUCGGUAUCGAACCUGUGAUUCUCGAUCCGCAUACAGGCGAACGUUUGGAAGGCGAUAGCGUUUCCGGUGUGCUGGCCAUCGCUAAACCGUGGCCAUCCAUGGCACGCACCUUGUACAACAACCAUCAACGCUACAUGGAUACCUAUUUUAAUGUGUACCGCGGCUAUUACUUUACGGGCGAUGGUGCCUCGCGCGAUAAAGACGGCUACUACUGGAUCGGAGGUCGCGUCGAUGAUGUGAUCAAUGUUUCUGGGCAUCGAUUAUCUACGGCCGAAAUCGAGUCUGCGUUGGUGGCGCACGAGGCGGCUUCGGAAGCGGCAGUGAUUGGUGGUCAUGAUGAUCUGACAGGUCAAUCCAUCCACGCGUUUUGUACCUUGAAACCGGGUGUGGAAUCCGUCGAAGGAUUAGAAAAGGAACUGAUAUUGCAUGUUCGUCGAGCCAUUGGUCCCUUUGCCACUCCCAAGCGAGUCUAUGUGGUCCAUGAUGUGCCCAAGACACGCUCGGGAAAAAUCAUGCGCCGCAUCUUGCGCAAGAUCGUUGACAACGAAGCCGACCAAAUAGGAGAUACAUCCACCUUGGCCAACCCUCACGUCAUCCAAGACUUGAUCAAACAACUCAAGACACACAUCGUCGCAUAG